AUGAAAGGAAAGGAGGGUGCGAUUAGGCGAGGUGAGGGUGUUGAGCGCGGCAAGAGGGACGAAGCGUCGACACGCGCUCUACGGUCAGCGAACGUUCGAAACCGCAGUAAUGAGGCCCGGCGGCGCGUGCGCCCGAUUCAACCUUCCUCAAUGCGACCGCAACUGACCCGCGCGCCACGCCACGAACGAAGUGCGCGCAACCGAGUGGUGGCUGCUUCCUUGCCUGCGCGCGUCGCUUGA